AUGGAUAACGACCAGAACGAUAAUGGGCCCCCAAACGCCCCGGAAGCUCCAGAUAAGGAGAAGAUGGACCAGAUCCGGCGGCGACGUCUAGAGAAACUGUCUGGCCCAUCAACACCCACUCCAAGGUCUGGGUCGCCAGCACAGGGAGGAAGCGCCUCGGCAUCUUCAUCUCCAGCUCCAGCUCCUAAAGCUUCCGAACAAGUCGAGUCCACGCCCAAACCCAAGAUCAAUGUCACACCUGCCUCAACAUCCGCAGCCACACCGUCUGAAAACCCAUUCUCGAAGUUGACUACCCGUCCUUCAAAUGGGGCCAGCGCUGCCACCGUAAGAGAAGCAUCAGAAGCUAAAACAUUAAAGCGUCGGCGAGCUGAAUCAGACGUGCAGACUUCCCCACGAGUUCCUAUUCGCAAGCUUGCAUCGCCAUCAACCGAUGAGAGCCUGGAUAAUUACGCGAAUAGGGUACUGGGACAGAUUUUCCGCAUUACUUUAGACCCGGCACAGAAGGUGGAUUCCUCAAAUCACAAACUCACAUACCUGCCGAAUCUCAGAUCAGAGUUGGAAGAGGAACAGUCUCCUCUCAGCUUCACCACAGAUAGGCUAGACUCAGCGAUUCUAGAGGCAGCAUCAAGCGUCCCGAACAAUAUAUCGAUCCUUGACUACCUACUGCCAUGCUGGAAACGGAUAACUAAGGCUUUGAAGGGUAUACGAGGUACUUCGAAUGGGAAGGAUGAAGUACUUAAGGAAGCGAAACGGUUAUGUAUGAGUAACUGCAUAUUUGCCGUGGAAAUGCCAGAACUCUAUGGCCGCGACCCAAAUCCGUCAACAGACUCGUUGACGCCUUAUCUACUCAACGAAGCUGGAGCGGACAAGGGUAUAUGUCCAGACUUCUUAGCCGAAGCUGUAUCUCGGUUUGACGAAGAUGAUACUGUGAAGCCGAUGCUGAUGAAAGCUAUUGCCGGUCUGAGUUUGCAGCUCUCAACCAUGACCAUGAGUGAUAAUUACAAGCCAUACAUCAAUGCAUUAAAACAGGUUUCACAAUUUCCCCGCUUGGUAACAGCCAUUGCCGAAGACCCUCUCUUCCAGAUGGCAACAUCGGCUCCAGGGAUCGAGAAACAUACACUUCUAGGACCCUUCUUCAGAAUCUCGCCACUGCAGCCGGAAGUCGCUAGGGAGUAUUUUUCUGGACCAAAAACAAUGGAUAAGCGGCAUAUCCACACAUCUCAAGAAGCGCUUAGAAUGACAUUGCAGACUCAUCAGAGAGAUCUGCUUGAUAUCAUCAAUCAUUUCGUUCGAGCCAGCCCAUCUUCAAAGAAUAAAACUUUGGAUUGGUUCGCAUAUAUUGUGAACUCAAACCACAAACGCCGAGCGUUACGGCCGGACCCGACGCAGUUAUCUUCGGAUGCUUUUCUCAUGAAUGUUACAGUGGUACUUGACGGCCUCUGCGAGCCCUUCAUGGAUGCUACAUUCUCGAAGAUAUCGAAGAUUGAUGUGGACUAUCUAAGACGCCGUCCGCGUGUCGACAUUGAAUCAGAGACGAAGUUGAAUGCUGACCAGAACGCCUCUGAUGAGUACUAUAAGACGGAGGCUGAGGGCACUUCGAACUUCAUCUCGGAGGUCUUCUUCCUAACCCUGGCCGCUCACCACUACGGUAGCGAGGCGACAAAUGCAACCCUUAAAUCCUUGGACAAGGACAUCAAGUACUUGAAUUCCAAAAUUGGUGAGAUGGAGAAUGAGCGACCUAAGUUUGCAAAUAACCCCAUGAACAGCGCGAGACUUGAGGAACAGAUCAGGAAGUUUACUGAUGUGCUGGAAAAGGCUAUGCAAUUCAAAUUCGCCAUUGAAGGCGUUCUUUUGGACAAGCAGAUGCAGACCAGGUCGUUAUUAUUCAUGAGAUAUGUCACCGUUUGGCUCCUAAGGAUUGCGACGCAAUCAGACUACACCCCAGACAAAACUAUUGAAUUGCCCCUGAAAGCAGAACAGCCAGAUGCUUUCAGGUUCCUGCCCGAAUAUGUCCUUGAGGAUAUUGUGGGGAAUUUCAACUUUAUCUUCCGAUUUGUACCAGAUGUGAUGAUAUCAGCCAUUGGCGACGAGAUAAUUCAUUUGUGUAUUACCUUCCUAACGAACUCCGAAUAUAUCAAAAACCCUUACCUAAAGGCGAAACUUGUUUCUCUUCUAUUCCACGGCACAUGGCCCGUCUAUCACCGUACUAAGGGAGUCUUGGGCGAUUCCCUCAUUGGCACGAGGUUCGCCAAUGACCACCUACUUCACGCGUUAAUUAAAUUCUACAUCGAGGUUGAAUCAACCGGGGCGCACACCCAAUUUUACGACAAAUUCAAUAUUCGAUACGAAAUAUUUCAAGUCAUCAAGUGUAUUUGGUCAAAUGAUAUCUACCGUCAAAGGCUAACGCAAGAGAGCAAGACGAACACCGAAUUUUUCUUGCAAUUUGUCAAUCUCCUAAUGAAUGAUGCAACCUAUGUCCUCGAUGAGGCGCUAACGAAAUUUCCAAAGAUCCACGACCUCCAACAAGAACUAGACAACCCAUCUCUUGCUGGGGAACAGCGAGCAACGAAGGAGGAGGAAUUGCAAACUCUUGAGGGCCAAGCUCAGUCUUAUAUGCAACUGACAAAUGAGACGGUGUCAAUGAUGAAGCUUUUCACGAAGACGCUGAGUGCAUCAUUUACGAUGCCAGAGAUUAUUGACCGAGUGGCAGCAAUGGUGGAUUAUACCCUCGAUACCAUUGUUGGCCCGAAGUCAGCCAAUCUCAAAGUCAAAGACCCCAAGAAAUACUUUUUUGAACCGAGAACUCUGCUCAGUGAGUUCGUCGAUAUCUAUCUUCACUUGGGUGUUUCGGACCGGUUUGUCGAAGCCGUUGCUCGUGAUGGUCGAUCAUACAAACCCAUCAACUUCGACAACGCAUCUCGCAUUAUGGAGCGGUAUAAUAUGAGAUCACACGAGGAUAUGGCCGCGUGGGAAAGCCUGAAAAGGCGAUUCGCAAAAGCUAAAGAGCUCGAGGACCAGGAUGAAGGAGAUCUGGGCGAGAUCCCCGACGAAUUCGAAGACCCGCUGUUAGCGACAUUGAUGACAGACCCCGUGACCUUACCUGUUAGCAAGAUGGUUCUAGAUCGUAGCACCAUUCGUAGUCAUCUGCUGAGCGACCCCCACGACCCAUUCAACCGUUCGCCCUUGAAAAUUGAGGAUGUGAUCCCGAAUACGGAAUUGAAGGCACGGAUUGAUGCGUGGAGAGAUGGUAUGAGGCAGAAGGCGAAGGACGCUAGACAGGACAAAAUGGAUACAUCGGGGGGCUAA